AUGCCAGAAAGAGUCCUCAUAUGCGGCGCUGGCGUCGCCGGGUCCAUAGUGGCCUUCUACCUGGGCAAAGCUGAUUUCCAAGUCACUGUCGUCGAGCGAUCCAAAGCCGAGCAAAAAGCCGGCCAGGGUAUCGAAAUCGAAGAACCAGCAUUAUCAGUCGUCAGGCACAUGGGCGUCCUGGACACCCUCGAAUCCGUCAAGACAGGCGAAGAGGGCGCCGAAUUCGUCGAUCAACGCUCAAGGUCCUACGGCAUCUUUAAGGCUGGCGGGAUCAGUCCAACAGGCGAACUCGAGCUCAUGCGAGGUGAUCUGACGGAAGUUCUGUACAAAGCCGCCGACGCACACCCCAAUGUCACAUACCUGUUUGAAACGACGAUCCAAAGUCUACGACAAACGCAGGACAAAGUCAUUGUUGACUUGGCACAUCGCCCUACCAGGAGCGUAAAGACCGAGGAAUUUGAUCUGGUAGUUGGCGCUGACGGUGUGAAGUCGCGCACACGACAACUCGCCAUGGGCUCGCCUGAAGAAUUGAAUUGUUUCAAGGCUGUUGGCGCAUACACUGCGUACUUCUCAAUUCCCAAGCAGGACCAGGAUUGGCCAUAUUCUCGACUAUGCCAUUUCCCGGGCCGAAAAGUGGUGUGGAUGAGGCCAGUCAGUAAAGCGUCCGACGUAACGUCAGUCUACCUCAUCCACGUGGGCAAAAAUGUCCCCGCACUCAGUCGAGCGAACGCUGUCGGCGACAGAAUGAAGCAGAAGGAAGCCCUUGCCGAGCUGUACAGUGGUCUGGGCUGGGAGGUACCAAGAGUCAUCGAGGAGAUGUUGAAAGCCGAGAACUUCUAUUCCGACGAGCUCAUGCAGGUAAAACUGCAGAAGUGGUCUCAGGAUCGGGUCGUGCUCGUUGGCGAUGCAGCAUGGGCUCCAACGCCUUUCACGGGCGAAGGAAAUCAGCUCGCGAUAAUGGGUGCUCAUGUGCUUGCUCAAGAGAUUUCAAGAUAUCGGUCUUCGGCAGCAUUCGACGCGUAUGAGAAGAGACUGCGCGCAUAUGUCGAGGACGCCCAAAACAUACCCCUCGGCGGUUAUGCACCGUACAUCUUCGUCCCGCAGACUAGUUUGGGUGUUUGGGUGUUCCGGACACUCAUCUAUCUCGGUUCAUGGAUAGUGAGGUUCAUUGCAUGGAGAGGUAUGCCAGAUGGCUCGGACCAGCAGCACAAGGAGUUCGACUUGCAGAUUGAAAAGGAUGAAACAAAGAAGGCACGGUAG